CAAUGUGGCACCAACAACAUUAGGAAAGAAGAUAGCACCGAAACUUGUAUCUAUACCUCCACCUAAUACUAAUCCAGUGGCUGAUGUGAGGGCAAAUUUACCAAGCAAUUUAACACAACAAUCAUUUAAAUUAUCACGUACACCACGUCCGAUUAAACCCAAAGGAAGAGAACGUGGGCAAACAUCACUAACACGAACAAUAAUGGAACAAUUGAGGCCGAUACAGUGCGUUGAUAGUGAACGACAAAAGGAUGAUAGUUUGGUGUUGAAUGAACCUGCAGAGAAAUCUUUGUUGAAUUCGUAG